AUGUCAUCUAACUACAGUAAGACCUCUCACACUCCACGUCGUCCAUUCGAAAAGGAAAGAAUCGACGCUGAAUUAAAAGUUGUCGGUGAAUUUGGUUUAAAGAACAAAAACGAAGUAUGGAGAGUCCAAUACGCUUUAGCCAAAAUCAGAAAGGCUGCUAGAGAACUCCUCGUUCUUGAUGAAAAAGACCCAAAACGUAUCUUUGAAGGUUCAGCUCUCCUCCGUAGACUCCACAAAUUAGGUGUCAUGGAAGAAUCAAAGAACAAACUCGAUUAUAUUCUUAAUCUUAAAGUUCAAGAUUUCAUGGAAAGACGUCUCCAAACUUUAGUCUUCAAAAAUGGUCUUGCCAAAUCAAUCCAUCACGCUCGUGUUUUAAUCAAAGGUAGACACAUCCGUGUUGGUAAACAAUUAGUCAACGUUCCAUCUUUCCUCGUCCGUGUUGAAUCCCAAAAGCACUUAGGUUUAGCUUCAACCUCCCCAUUAGCUGGUGGUCGUCCAGGUCGUCGUGCCCGUAAAAUGGCCAAGAACAACUCAUCAAAAGGUGAAGAAGAAAACUAA